GUUUCGGCAAUUUCCUUUCCGUUGCAGACUUUUUAGGUUUUAUCUUGGAUACUUGUGAAUCAAGUAUCAAAUAAGUUGAAGGGUUUAACUUGUUUUAUUUUGAAUAUGCGUAUUUUAUAUGAAUGAUCUAAGCAUCUUAAUUACUUAAUCGAUAUUUAUUUGUUUUGAAUAUGGUCUUUAUUUAUUUGUUUAGAUCUAUUUAUUUAUUUAUUGGAUCUAUUUAUUUAUUUUGAAUAUGGUCUUUAUUUUAAAAAGCUAAAAGUAUAUAUACUUCCAACCGUAAACCCUAGCGACUCGCCAACAAACUUUCAAGAGGUAGAGAUCCACUACGGAUCAGCAUAUUUCUCUAGUAGCGAUUACAACAGAGAUAUCGUCCAAUAUCUCUCUCUUACUCUCUCUGUGGCUAGCGAUUUCUAAAUCUACUUCUCUAAAACCCUAAACCCUACUAGACUCGGAUUCAAAGCACCUUCGUGUGUGAAUCUAUCACCGGAGACUGCGAUUGAUAUAUUGGAUUACGAACUUGCUUAUCCGAUUCAGUUUCUAUGGUUUUCUUUUGUCAUCCGCCGUUUCCAAACGUUUCAACAAGAAUAAUGAGCAAGCAAAAGGAGACAAGAUUCAGUUGGGUUUUGAAAAAUUUCUGUUCUUUGCAACAUAACAAUUGCUACUCUCGCACCUUCGCAGCAGCUGACUGCAAUUGGCGUCUUCUUGCUUGUUACAAUAAAGAUAGGAAUGGUUACUUGUCCUUGUAUCUAGAACUUGCGGAUCCUGCAUCUUUGCCAUUAGGAUGGAGAAGACAAGUGAAAUUUCGUCUUACUCUUGUGAAUAAGCUUCACAAACAAUCCACCAGAGUAUUAGAAGGGCAACGCUGGUUUGAUGCAAAUAAUUAUGGUUCGGGCUUUAAUGAGUUUUUGCCCCUUUAUAAACUUCAUGCUAGAGGUAAUGGAUUCCUCGUGAGAAACAAACUCAUUAUUGUCGCUGAGGUACAGAUUCUUCCAGCUAUUGGUGUACCAAAGGAUACUGUGAAGAUAACAGAACCUCUCAGCUGCAGAGAAGGAAAUCAAGCUACUGAUGCAUCUGAAGAGGAUUUGGAUGAUGAUGAUGAAUCUGAAGAGGGUUUAGAUGAUGAUGAUGAAUCUGAAGAAGAUUUGGAUGAUGAUGAUGAUGCAUCUCAAGAAGAUUCGGAUGAUGAUGAUGAUGAUGCAUCAUCUCCUGUUUCUGAUGAUGGAGGUCAGGAAAUAUGUCCCUUGAACCAACUGAAUGCCUGGAAUAAAGCUUCUCGUUCAGUAGGAAACCGUGGUAUGAAUUGUAACAAUGUGGUAGUUUCCGAUGCGGAUACUGAUGAUGCCGCGAAAGAAGAUCUGUUUGACGAUGGUACAGUUGAAGAGGAUCCGGAUGAUGAUGCUUCAUCUCUCCACCAAUUGAAGUCCAUGGUGGACACCUCGAAGACAGUACAAAAUGGUGGUACAGGGUGUAACAAUAAGGCACCUAUUUUUGAUACGUGGAUUAAUGAUUUUCUAAAAGAGAUUCUACCAGCAAAGGAAACCAUGGAUGUCAAUGGUUUUCAGGUUCUUACUUCACAGGUACAAUCAGUGAGGCAGAUCUUCAAAAGACACCCAGACACAGCAAUAGGUUUCCGUCCAAAGAACCAACAGAUCAGGAAAGCAUACAUGGAUGCACUUCUUAGGCUCAUUGAGACACUGUGCCAGUCUCCAGAGAAGCUCUCUGAUGAUGAUCUGAGUAAUGCUGACGAGACACUUGAUGAUCUGAUUGAUGUUGGCUUUAAACUGGAUUGGCUGAAGACGAAGCUGAAUGAGGUCUCUGAAAAGAAGAAGAUGGGGCAGAGUAGUGUGGCUCGGCUAGGAACAAUGGAGGAAGAGUUGCAGAAGCUGAAGCACAUGGUCUUGGAUUUUGAAGCUCAGCUGCAGAAGGAAAAGGCCAAGGUAUUGGCUGCGAGAGCUCCUUUUUCGUUCAAAGAUGUUGUUUACUGAUUUUGCAUGAUCCUUAUCUAGGUGCUAAUUAGUAGUGGAACUGAAACAGCUUAACGAUGAAACCUGAAUGUUUGGCAAUAUUUUCCUAUCAUUUUUUGCAUAUCAUACAGAGAUAUCCAAAUGCUUAAACGUUGGAAUCGGUAUUUAGUUGCCAAGUCAAACUCUGUCUACAUAAUGAAGAACAAACCAUUAGACGCUAUUUAUCGUAUGUAACUAAUACUGAAAAACAUAGGUCCAAAUUUUUUCUAUCACCGUACUAUUUAUAAUUAAUAAAAGUUUAAACUCAGUCAAAUCUUUAAAUUUUGACUUUUUCAUCGGCCUUUCACUAGCCGCAU